UGACAGUGUUUUUGUCAUUGAUCAGCUAAAGCAAGUUGAAUAGAAAGAUAUACAAGCCUUAUCUAACUAAGCUCUCUACACUUCAUAACAGUUGUUCUUCUCCUUGUAUCCCUAAACCAGCCAAGGCCCCUGUACUGCAGGAUAAAUCUGAUUGUGCCUGUGCUGGACAGGUUUUUUAGCCAGCAGGACACACGGCCGGAUUUCCGGUUGAGCAGGGAGGCCCUGGGAGUGCGACUGGGCCUCCUAAACCAGGAACGGAGACACGGAUGGGGUGCCACGAUUGACACCCUGGUGUUUCUCUUCUGGCUGGCAAGCGGGGCAUCAUGCAGGGUGGUCUCCAGAGUGUUUGCAAUGCCUCGAUCCACUGUCCACCGCAUCGUCCACAGAGUCACUGAGGAGGUGGUGGCCAUUCGCCACAAAGUCAUCCACCUACCGAAGACCCAGGAUGAGUUACAACCGAUAUCCCGUGGGUUUGCAAGGCUGGCAAGACACAGAGCCUUUUUUAAAGCAGCUGGAGCAAUCGACGGCUGCCAUGUCCGCAUCAAGCCACCGAGAGGCCCCGAUGGUCAGUGCUACAGAAACAGGAAACUGUUUCCAUCCAUCAUCCUGCAGGCUGUCUGUGACCAUCAGGGCUGUUUCAUUGACACCUACGUGGGCCGGCCUGGGUCGGUCCACGACUCCAGAGUACUCCGCUACAGCCCACUGUACAGGAGUUCACUCUACCCUCCUCCAGGGCAUUUCAUCCUUGCAGACGGAGGGUACCCGUGCCUCCAACACCCACUCCCCCUCAUCACUCCCUACAAGAGGCCAAUACAAGGUGUGCUUCAACAGCCAUCACUCCAGGGCAUGAUCCAUUAUAGCGCGUGCUUUUGGGAUGAUGAAGACCAGGUUCCGGGCCAUCUUCCUGCAAGCGCUGGAGGUGCACCACACCUUUGUACCUCACGUCAUUACAGCAUCUGCCAUCCUCCACAACAUCUGCCUUGGGGCUGGUGACAUUGUGGCCCCAGAGGAUGAGCCUGAGGAGGAUGUGGGAGAGAACGGUUUGGAGACAGUCAGUGGUGCUCCCUGGCAUGACCAGCUGUCUGCAGAGGUGUCUGCCCUGGAGGAGGUGCCCCCUGACCACCAAUAUUUU